UGAACGACUCUUAAAGGGGAAGUGAAAGAGUGCAAAUGAAAAUAGAUUCAUUUACAGAGCUCUUUGUGUUGAGUGGGAGUGGGAUGCAGCCCGAGCCGGAGAGAAUAAACUGCUCUCUCUCUCUCUCUCUUAAACACACACACACACACACACAUCCUGAAGCAGACACUGCACAGAGGAGAAUCGGGGUGUAGCAGCACAAUGCCAGCUCCAUGUAAUAUGAGCCUGGCAGCGCAGCAGAGAAGCUGGAGGCAGACUGGCAAGGCUUCGAUCCCAAGGCUCUCCAUCCUUCCAGAAGGAGACAAGAUGCAAGGAUCCGAUCUGGAUAUGAAGUCCAACCUGGAGCGGAAGAGGGUGCUCGCUUCUCCAUCAGCACACAUCAGUAACCACAGAGGAAACGGAAACGCUGCUGCUGCUGCAGAGUCUCACACGCUGAAGGUAGACGAGAGACUGCGACUGGCUCGAGAACGAAGAGAGGAGCAUCUCAAACAGCUUGCGUCACGGGAGCGUGGCUGGCUAGCCCGAGAAGAGAGAGCACGCAGGUUCUACGAGAAACACCUGGAGGAACGUCGUAAAAAACUGGAGGAGCAGAGGCAGAGGGAGGAGAGGAGGAGGAAUGCUGUGGAGCAAAAACGCAGACAGAGGCUCAAAGAAGAGCGAGAACGCUAUGAGUCUGUGGUGCAGAAGACCAUGGAGAGGAGCCAGAAAGCCAAACAGAGAAGUACACAGAGGAAAGUGUGCAAUACUAAGAACAACACAAACGCUAAACGCCGCUCUCUUAGUCAGUGGGAGAUAAACCUGGUUAAUCGGCUCCAGACUCCUACCAUCUCUUAUCUAGCCAGGAGCAGGAGUGCCGCAUGCCUGUCUAGAGGAGAAGUUGUCCAUAUUUGUCGACGUGCAGUUUCAUGCCACACUGUGAGCAAUAGCAGUCCUCAGAAACCCAGUGGACCUUCGACACAUGGCAAGGCCAUCAGGCCCAGGGUGAAGGAGGGCAGCCACCAAACCACCGCAAAUAUACCGAGUUCAAAUCUUGACAGGCGAGAACGGAAAAAGGCCCAUUCUCACACGGCAAGUGUUAAAGUCAGCUCCAGGUCAGAGACAGAAGACAAAACAAUAUACUCCUUAACAGGAUCGAGACUGACUCUGAGAGAGUCGCCAAGUCAGGAGUGUUUGCCCCCGCUGCAUGAGGAGGAAGAUCCGCAGCCAGAGAACACAAUGAACUCCCAUGAGCCUCAGCGUGUCCAGUCUGCUGCCGUGUGCUCACACAAGGUUGUUGGGUGUGAUGGACCGGUGCUGGAGAACCCGGGCUCUAACAGACCUCUGGCUGCUCCUGCAUGUCCUCACAUUCCUAACGAGAGAGGUGUCGGGUCCCAGAUCAGACCCUCAGCAGGAACCACAGAUCCUGAAGAGGCUUCACGUCUGCUGACGGAGAAGAGACGGCAGGCUCGUCUUCAGAGAGAGAAAGAGGAGGAAGAACGCAGGCAGAGGGAGGAAACAGAGCGGCAACAGAGAGACGUUUUGGCCCUUCGGAGAGCUGAGGAACGAGAAAGGCAUGAGGCAGAGGCAUGGUGUGAGGAAGAAAGGAUGAAGGAGGAGGAGGAACGAAGGAAGGCAGAAGAGGAGAAGGCACAAAGACAGAGAGAGGAGGAGAGGAGACUUCAGCAGCAGAAACAAGAAGAGGAGGAGAGGCAGAGACUGGAGAGAGAGACACGAUUCCAGAGAGAGGAGAGCGAGCGGCAGGAGAGGAAGAAGCGGUUAGAAGAAAUUAUGAAAAGAACGAGAAAGACAGACGCUGAGAAGAAACCCGCGUCGUCGCCCACGCCACUGAACGAGAACGUGAAGCCCCUCCACAGCCUCCCCUUAGAAGAAGUGAUCAAGCUUCCCAAUCCAAUGAGCUUAGCCAAUGAGGAGGAUAUUCUUCCCACAGUGGCCUUCAAGGAGCGCAGGUCCAUCCGCACCCUCACGGGUCUGGAGGAGAUCCAGGCCCAUCAACGAGCUGAAGUCAUCUGAAGAUGAGAAGUCCUCCAAUGAACCUGCAGCUCAAUGUUCCUGUACUUUAUGUAUGAAAACAAGCAGAAUCGCUUCACCUGCACUUUAAGAAGCUCCAACACCUUUGAAGUGAAACAGAAGUAUUUGACUUCCUGCUGCUCUUCUCAUAUGUUCGGUAUUUUGUUUCAUUGGUGUUUCGGUAACUUGCUGUUUAACGAACGAUUUCACAAUGCAAAAGUGAGAACUUCAUAAACAUGACACAACCGAGUCGGACCCGUGUCACAGCACAUCGACACGUCCGAAUUUGUUAGCGUUGUUGACAGACUCCUGGCACUUUUUAUCUGUUUGUAGUUACGUUUAAAAAGACCUGGUCUCUUACGUUAUAGCGGCUAUAAACACUCGUUCUCUCACCAGCCUUUCUGAUUUUCUCUCUCAUGACGUUAAUAAGUCAAAAAAGACCGCAGCUUGUCGUGUUACAGAGAAAACUGUCUGUUAAAAAGUGCUGACACUGGAGACUCCUUCCAUAAAUGAUAAAAUAAACAUCAGUGAUCAUAGAUUUUUCUUCAACUGCUAUGUUAUUUAAUUAAUAAGGUUAAUUAUUUAAUUUAAUGUUAAUUGUUAUUAGUUUUUGUGGCACCAAACAAAUCCCUAUGAAUGAGUUGUUACCACAGAAACGGUAACAUAUUAGCUAACCAAUCAGAAGUGAGUUAUAACAGUUAUAACGCUGGUAUUGAAUGUGUCAUAAAACCUAUGCAAACUAGCGCACUUGUAAGAUUAGCUAGCUAUCAUGACGUCACUCAUCAAGAAAGCUGUUGCGGUAAUAAAGCCGACACUCACGGAGUGUCAUGACCCGUUUAUAACGUGGUUAUGUCAGUCUUAUGAUGCAUGCUGCACAGAAUAUGCUACCUACAAAGUGAAGAUGCUUUAGAUGACAAACGCUAAUAUAUAACGUGUACAAGCGUACAGCGUCAGCGUCUCUGUGAAGCGCUUAUUUUGUGUUGAUUUGUCUGAAACUGAAGUGCUUUUGCUCUGCUUUGCUGUGCAGUACUGCAUCCUGCUGCUGCGACACACCGGCGCUGAGCUCAGAACGCUUCCUCAAUAAACACCGCAUCUUAGCAUCUUAGCAUCUUAGCAUUGCUGCUGUUCAGCUGUUCCAAAUAAGAGUAACAAUUACAGUCAUGGCUUCAGCUCCCUGAAAACACAGAGGCUCAGAGAGAACUGUUUAAACAGUCGAGCGAGCAUCUCACUGAAAUCUCUCUCUCUCCGGCCCUCUCCCUCUUUCUCUCUUUCUCUCUCUCCAUCUCUCUCUCUCUCUCUCUCUCUCUCUCUACCAUUUAAUAGAAUUUAAAGCUUGAUGUUUGAUGGGAAACUGGCCUUUUUAUUAUUAUUAUUAUUAUUAUUAUUAUUAUUAUUAUUAUUAAUCUUUAGUCUGGUAGAAGAUGCAGAUCUGAGCUUGUGCAAUGAUAAGUUAUGCAUAAUUAAAGAUAAUUCAGUGUUUUAUUAGAGUGUAAAUAAACUCACUUUAAAGUAAA